CUGUAGUUAUUCGGUGUCCACACUUGUCUUGUCCUUGACUUCCAACCUCCCAUUGGCCCGUCCAAGCAUCUUCGAGACCGGAUAUCGAAACCAAAUUCGCUCCAAGAGUCCCACUCCCGUCCGCAACCUGCAACUUGGAAACCAUGUCGGUUUCUGACAACUACUCCGAUACCAGUAUGGCCAACCACCCUUACUACCCUCUCGACCUAGAGCUGCCCGGGUUUGUGCCGAGCCCAACCGCGGUACCGAUACUCCUCGCCUUCUUCGCCGCCGGCGUGGCCUUCGUCUUCUCGGCCACCGUCAUCUUGGCACGUACGGUUCAGCCCGGUCUUUCCAAGGGAAAACUGUACACGGCCAUGUGGUUUAUGCUGUGUGGAUGUAUCCACCUGUUCUUCGAAGGAUAUUUCGCCCGCCACGAAGCCGAGAUGCCCGGGCGUAUCGACAUCUUCGGGCAGCUGUGGAAGGAGUACUCCAAGUCCGACCACCGCUACCUGACCCGGGAUUCCUUUAUCGUCUGCAUGGAGACGGUGACGGCGGUGACUUGGGGCCCGCUCUCUUUUCUCAUCGGCUGGCUCGUCAUCAAGGACAGCCCUCUCCGCUACCCGCUCCAACUCAUCGUCAGUCUCGGCCAGUUCUACGGCGACGUUCUCUACUACGGAACUUUCUUCUUUGACGAGGCCGUCCAUGGGGCUGUCUACUGCCGCCCCGAGGGCGUCUAUUUCUGGGCCUAUUAUAUGAUGAUGAACGGGUUCUGGAUUGUCAUUCCUGGGUGGUUCAUCAUCCAGGCCGUUAUUGAGUGCACCAACGCAUUGCGCGUCGCGCAGGAGGUUGCGAAGCGGGCAUCGCCAAAGUCGCAAUGAUUGUGACCGGUUCUCACAAGGGGGCAACAACCACCAGGAUCAGUAGGU